GCGGCCACAGUUGCGCGAGACAACCUGCCUGGAGUACCUUCUUCUUGAUAUCGGGUCCAGCCUCUUCAACGACCGAUAUCCGCGUCCAUCGGUCGAAGAUCCGCGCACGCGACCCUCUUCGCGGUUCCCCGCGAUCGAAAUCGUUCGGAAACCUCCGCUCUCGUCGACGGGACUCUUGGACCGAACGUGUCGAGAAUUCGUUUGACAAAACGGUGUACAGUGUCGGAGUAAAUGUUUGGAGGAACCGGGAGACUGACGACAGCCGUGGGAGAGACUCGAAGAUUUCAUUUAAACAAACGAGCGUGAUCUGUGAUCGAGAUGAAUGAUCGUUCUGGUGUAUGUCAGGUGGAUUUAUAGUAGACGUUGUAACGGAGAUUGACGGAAGAGUUCCGAUAAACGAGUGGAAGAUAUAAUUUAAGGAAACGAUUAAGAAAAAUUACUGUCAAUUUACAAAGUGAAUUAGGAGUAAACGCUUGGAAGAAUUAUUCUAGUGAACGUAAAUAAAAAUGAUACGGUUCGAUGAACGAUUAAGAAGUUGGAGAUUCGAUUGAAUUUAUCAAUUAAGAGCGUCGUGUUCAGUGGAUUAAGUUCAAUGCCGUUUCCCUUGCGUACGGCGUCAGAGGCGAAAUCGCGGGAAGAGCCAAGAUCUGCGUCUGAUGGAAAGGAAGCUGAUAAUCGAAUCGGUAUCGACGAUCGCGUAUCCAGGACGCGGAAACCGUAUACUCGCGGGCCGCCGGAGGUGCACCGUGAUUAUGUGACAGUUUUGUGAACGUGAUUAAAUUGACCUCGAUACCUACACCGUGGACAUCCGUGCGCCGCGCGCCGCACCGGUGCGUUCUGUCACGAGAGAACUUGUUUUCGUUCCAUUUCUACUGGAACAUUUUUACCCGAAACGAUGCACCUUGCGAGACCCGAUCGUACCGUCUCGUCUCCGAUUAGUUGAUCGUCGCUGUGAUUCUCGUUUCGAAAGGAGGACCGAUGGUCAGCGUCUACGGCGUGCAGCUCGCAUUUUAUCGUGGACGUCGCAACGACAGCAGGGGCUCUUUGGUGAUGUACGACAGCGCUAGCUGUUCGUACGCAGGUGCGCUCGAAUUAAAGGGAGCAUCCGGGGCCGGAGCCGCGGCUGCGGCCGCGAGUGUAACCGCGGCCAGCGUGAAGCAGGAGAACUGGCCGUACCGCGGCCUCACCUGCGGUAGCACCUUCCAGAGGCUAAAGGAGAGCGUCGACAAGGCGAAGCAAGCCCUAGCCGACCGCGGCGGAUACCUCUCCGGUGCCUUCUCGCCUCCGCCACGUGCCAAUCCAUCCGCCAUUUCACCCACCGCCUCUAUCACCGGUGCGCUCGAAUUAAAGGGAGCAUCCGGGGCCGGAGCCGCGGCUGCGGCCGCGAGUGUAACCGCGGCCAGCGUGAAGCAGGAGAACUGGCCGUACCGCGGCCUCACCUGCGGUAGCACCUUCCAGAGGCUAAAGGAGAGCGUCGACAAGGCGAAGCAAGCCCUAGCCGACCGCGGCGGAUACCUCUCCGGUGCCUUCUCGCCUCCGCCACGUGCCAAUCCAUCCGCCAUUUCACCCACCGCCUCUAUCACCG